CCGGGAGCUAUAGUGGCCAUUAUAUACUCCACACCAUUACUGUUGGCAUCGUUUUUGAUUGUAUUGGAGAAGAAAGACGGUCUACUGGAGCGCAGUUUUGUGUCGGGUGUCCGCAGUUUUGAAGUGCUUAUAUCACACAUGUUUAUCCUAAUACUGGCCCUAUUAGUACAGGUGGCUCUUCUCAUGUUUGUCGCUUUCAUCGUAUUUGAUGUGAAGCUAAUGGGCAACGCGUCCGAAGUGUUUUGGCUUAUGUUUCUUCAGGGAUCUAAUGUUAAUGGCAUUUGGGUUAGUGUUCCCGAUGUGGAUGAUAUGCGGCGUGUUUUGGCCAUUGGAUUCAGUACCUGGACUAAUGCGGACCAUAUUCUACAUGGCACCUUUAUCUCUGCCCAUUGAGUCCAUACGAUAUAUAAUAACCCGGGGCUGGACUAUACAUUACUUUGAUGUACAAAUUGGAUAUGCAGUCAGUGGUGUCUAUAAUAUUGUUUUAUUUAUCGCAAC